CCGCGUUCAGGAGCUACGUUGUCGUUUGUUUUGUUUGGGGUUGUGUUUGUGAAAUUCAUUGAUUGCUGCUUUACAAAAUUAAUCUUUUACCACCAAGUUUUGUUGGUACUUUAUACUUGUUUCCCGGUAAAUUUGUAAAUUUCAAUUUACGAUCCCGCUGGUCACUGGUGGCGACGGAAGACUUGCUGGUCGGUACGGUUAAUACGCCGGUUCGCGCACUUGGGCGUCACAAGUCACAACACCUAAACGACGAUGGGCGAUUAUAUACACACAAACAUUGCCCAGGACAAUGUGGCGAUGGUGCGGCUCGAGCUGGCACAGAACGAUCAGAUACCGCUGCGCCGACCAUUCGACCCACUCAUCCACGACUUGGACCCACACUUUAAGUUGACCAGGUUUGCUGACCUCAAAGGACGCGGGUGCAAAGUGCCCCAAGAAGUACUCAACAGGCUUCUGGAGGGUUUCCAGCAGGAUGAAAACGGUCAUGGCGAACAAUCGCACUUCAUGCACAUGACCAUGACCAAAAUUGGUAUUGGGAUGGACGCGGCUGUCGUACCCAUUAGGCACGGUGGCCUAUCGCUAGUUCAGACGACCGAUUACUUUUAUCCACUUGUUGAUGAUCCAUUUGUCAUGGGCAAAAUUGCCUGUUCCAACGUACUGAGCGACCUGUAUGCCAUGGGUGUGACCGAAUGUGACAAUAUGCUCAUGUUACUAUCUGUAUCGACCAAAAUGACUGAAAAAGAACGAGAUGUUGUGAUACCGUUAAUAAUGAAAGGUUUUAAAGAAACAGCUUAUGAAGCUGGUACUACGGUGACGGGUGGACAGACCGUUGUAAAUCCAUGGUGUACCAUUGGAGGCGUUGCAACUACUGUAUGUCAACCAAAUGAAUUUAUCAUACCAGACAACGCUGUAGUUGGUGAUGUUCUUGUAUUGACCAAACCUCUUGGAACACAGGUAGCUGUAAAUGCACAUCAAUGGGUUGAUCAACAAGAUAAAUGGAAUCGAAUAAAACUAAUUGUUUCAGAAGAAGAUGUGAGGAAAGCUUAUCAACGUUCUAUGGACUCGAUGGCUCGUUUAAAUAAAACUGCAGCCAAAUUGAUGCACAAAUACAAUGCUCAUGGUGCAACAGAUGUCACUGGUUUCGGGCUAUUAGGUCAUGCACAAACAUUAGCAAAACAUCAAAAGAAUGAAGUAUCGUUUGUCAUUCACAAUCUUCCAGUAAUUGCCAAAAUGGCAUCUGUAGCAAAGGCAUGUGGCAAUAUGUUCCAAUUGUUACAAGGUCAUUCAGCUGAGACAUCAGGUGGUCUUUUGAUUUGCUUACCAAGAGAACAAGCUGCAGCAUAUUGCAAAGAUAUUGAAAAAGUAGAAGGGUAUCAGGCAUGGAUCAUAGGUAUCGUGGAGAAAGGCAAUCGCACUGCUCGAAUAAUAGAUAAACCUAGAGUAAUAGAAGUUCCGGCUAAAGAAAAAGAUGGAGAACUGUGGUAGAACUGUAAUUAAAUUAGUGCCAUGAAUCAGAAAGUUGUAAGGAAUAUACGUUUUUUAUUUUAUUUAAUAUCUAGCUUCCCAUUAUUUCAAGAUUUAAUUUAUACAAAAUCUUCUUUAUUUGUUUCUGUAGUUUUUAUUCAAUUUUAUUGUGUAUUUUUUCACCACAGCUAGACUUAUUAAUAAAAUACAUAUAUAUAUAUUUCUUACAAAUACUUCAAAAUAAAAUUGACCAUUCAUUAAAAUCUAUAUUUUUGUUUUUUGUAGUUUUAAUCAAAUAAAAAUAUCUGUGUGUACUGGUUACGUAAAUCGGUUUAUACUUUAUAGUCUUUACAAACCUAAAGAAAAUGAAACAAUAUAUGGAAAAUAUUAAUUACUGAUUACAGUAUGUAAAUUGGUUACUAGUUUUUAUAUUUUUGAAUUUACUUAAAUUAAAUUAGGAUCCAAUACAAUACGUAUCUAUAUUCUAUAUAAAUCCAAUUAAUGGUUUACAACUAUCACAGAAUAGAAUAAUGUAAUUAUUAUGAAUUAUGAUAGAUUGAUAUCAAUAUAAUUUAUAUCAAAACUCAAUGUUAAUAUUAAUUAAUAUUAUCCGAUUAACAUAAAUCAUGUUUGAGCAAUAAGCGUCAAUAUUAAUAUUAAAAUAAAUAUUGUAUUAAGCAUAUUAUGUAUUUGUGUAUAAUAUAAAUAUAUAUAAAAUAGUAUUUAUAAAAAUUCAAAAAAUUAUUUUAUUUUGUACACAAAAUAAUAUGUGCACAAAGUUUAUUAUAUUGUUUCUAUUUUAAUAAUUCUUUACAAUAAAGUUUAUAAUAAAUUGCUUGGAAUUAAUUUAUUUAAACUUAAAAUAAUUAAUAUCUCUUAUCAAAUGUACUUUUAUUAAUAUUGUUAAAUUACAUUAAAAAAAUACUAUAAUAAUUUUGAGUAUGUCUUAGACUAAUUUGUAUUUUGUUAUUUCUGUUUUACGCAGUUUAUAACAAACUUUAAUAUUCCUAAAAUCGAAGCAGUGGCCGGUAGAUUUUUCAUUAAUAUGGUCUUUUUUAUGUAUUCUAAGUUAUAAAUAUAUAUUUUUAUUAGAUCUGAAAAGAUCUUACCUAACCUAAAAUUAAAAUUUCAUAAAUAAAAAAA